UACUUUGUUCCUUCGUGAUAUUUCUACAGGGUCAGCGAUGGAAAUUCGGCUAUCCUUUGUGUCUCGCUCCUUUCGAAAUCGUUCGAGAUCUUGCGCGAUGCAGGAAACGAGGAUUCUCUUUUUUUUUUUUGUCUGCGAUAAUCCGCUCGAGGACGUUGUUAUUAAAUUAGGGCCAUGAAAAGGGGAAGUUUUGCGGGUACCACCUCCUUUCUUCCGAUUCGAAUAAAUCGGCGGAAAACGCGAAUCUCGUGCCGUUGUCUGCUCGAUCUUGCUCUCGGUACCCCUCUAAUUUUCGAAGCCCGUUCACUGCCAAUUACCGUGCCACAUAAUUGCCCACCGCGAACUUUUCGAGAUUGACAUGCAAAUUCCGUGGAAUCAGAUGGAUGGUUUUAGCGACCGUGCGCUCGCCUCUGUUUCGAAUUAGGUAACAAAGUUGUGCAUCCUUUUUCGAACCUCCGUUUCUGAAUAAUACCCUGAACAACCAUCAGCGAGCAUAAGUGUCGUUGUUGAAUAGAAUUAUCUUUAAUUACAUAUCGGGUAGUUUACAAAAUCCGCGCAAUACUCGUGGGAAGGUCUGGCCGUUUCUUCUGCGAUCGAGAAUAACACGGAUUCCUCGCGAUACUGCGAACAAACUGUCACCGUUGAUGACGAAGAAAUCGUGUCUCUUCUUUAUUAAACAACCUAUUAUUAAGAAUGGUACGAUGGCGUUAGAAAGUUAUCCCUCCUGCUGAGCCAGCUAAUACGAGGUUGCUUCAAUUGAAGAUUCUUCUUAUCGCGCGUGUUGUAUCUUAAUGUCCCCGUUCCGAAUCGUACGAUGUAUAAAGUGAGGGUGUUGCGGCCGAUUGUGGCGGUGGCAUAGAAUGAACGAAUGGUUUUUUCUUAUUUUUCCAUCGGGAAGGUAAUCAAAAGGAGAUCAUCCGUUUUAAUGGACACUUUCGUCAGAUGGUUACCUCUGUAUUCCGAAUCUUCACACGCUCGGCAAUGUUCAGUCGCCAUAAGCGCUUUCGUAAUUUCAUAACUACUCGACUUCCGAGCAUCUUUCCUGUCCCGUACAAAAGCGACACGAAAGUCUUUCUCACGUUUCUACCGUUGUUUGGUCGAUUAAAUAUUUAAUUACGAUACCGAGUUUAGCAAUUCGAUCGUCCUCCCCGAUUACCACUACGACAAACUCUCUCUCUCUCUCUCUUCAACUAUAUCUACCUAGGAUCGAUCGAUCCUCCAAGUUAUUUCGAAUUCAUCUUUGGAAAUUUUGAUCGAUUUCAUUCCACGUCCGCCGAUUGUCUAAUUAUUUUAAUUGAUACCUCGAUUUUUAUCCGCAUCCUCGUACCGAAUACCGCCUACACACGAUCAAAUCUGUGCUAUCUUCCUUACGUAACACUGCAUCGCGUGGAUUUUUAUUGUAUCCAUAGUUACGUAAGUAAUAUAGCAUCAAUUAUAAUGAAUCGUAAAAUACACGGUUUGAUUUUUUUUUUUCGCGCGUUGCUAAAUUGUCGAUAAAGGAGUGCGAUAUCAUGGCGAUCUUGAAACGUUUAUCGUAUCGUCUGAUCGUUUAUAAAUCGUUUCGUCCACGUUGAACAACGAUGCUCGUAAUUGGCCCACAUUUGGAUUGCGCGAACCGUGAUUGUCCAACAGCAGCAAAUUCAUAAGUACCUGCGACUGUUCACGGGCAAAGCGAAUUCUUCGUUUCGGUCGAUCGAAGGUAUUUCUGGCGAAGGAAACGUUCGCGAGACCUAGUUUUCGUUUAGCGAUUCGUAUCCAAAAUUCCUUUUCUUUUCGAGAAAGAUCUUUUUGUAAGGUUUUAUCAGAGAGUCGCGAUAACAAAGGCGUAGACGCACGCGUGCGUGGUGGCAUAGCGUUUAUGGUGGCAACUGGCGUCGCGUCGCGUUUUAUCAGUCGACGCGAGUCGAAGCGAGCUACGGUGUCCCAGAUUUUCAGUCGCACCAGUACACGCGACAGUGCAUAGCACGCAGCUGGCUGUCGAUCGACCGCCGAUCCUAGAUCGGUCCAUCCUCAGAACGGUUUCGCGGUUGAACGAGCGCGGAUCGAACGAACCGGUAGCCACGUACACGACCAUGUUUCCGGAUACUUGGAACAGAUAGCCGCGAUUACCUUUCUAUCAAGAUCAUCCGGGAUAACACCUGUCUAUUGGCUAGCAACGUGAUUUCGUUAAGUGGUGUCCUCUUCUGUGAUGUCGAUGAUCGUCGAACGAGCGAAAAACGCGAAGGUAAUCGAAACGACCGAAUCGAGUAGCAUUCCAAAGUAUAGGAAGGAGGGAAAGCGACGCUCUGAUCAGGUGAAAACAGAAAGGAUCCAGGUAUCAUCAUGGAGGACGAGGAUUUUGGUUUCACCAAGAGAAACGAUAAUAUUCUGAAGAACACCGACGAUUACGAUGCUAAGAAAAACGAUAAGGGUAGCAACCCUUCUAAUACCAAGACAGGAGAGACGGUUGGCGGACAUAGGCUGGUGAUGACAGCGCCGUUAUCCGGGGCGACAGGGGCCGGAAACACCGUCCCUGAGCGGGCAGCUAUCGCCUCUUCGUCCUCUCCGGCUUCCUCAGUCGUUUCCAACCCGCCGAACAUACCGAACGUGGUCGAGUAUCAUCUGAAAGUGAAGCCUGGACAAACGCAAAAGGUUUCCAGCCACGAUAACAUUCCAGAAAGUCCAUCGGUAGAGGAGAUGAAGAAAGAAACGAAAAGUUGUACGCCCUCGAACGACAACAAGAAAGAUCUCGUGUCAAAGUUAUCUCGUCUAUCGAUCGACAACAACGUCUUCGAGGGUUCCACGGAUCUACCUCAGGUGUUUCAGGUGAAAUAUCUGGGCUCCCAUGACGCGAGGGGCCUGUGGGGCAUCAAGCAUACCAGAAGACCCGUCGAUAACAUGGUGGCCGCUGCCAAGGCUUUACCAACCAACACGAUGCUCCCUCUGAUCAAGCUGAUCGUGUCUCCGGAAGGAGUUGCUCUGCUGCCAUUCGAGAAACGGAAACAGGAGCCGAACUUUGUCAGGAUGUACUCGAUCGAGACGAUCUCGUACGGUGUCCAGGACCUCGUCUACACCAGGGUUUUCUCCAUGAUCGUGGUGCGGGAAACGGAGAACUUUCGAAGAGUAUCACCGUUCGAAUGCCACGGUUUUGUAUGCGAGUCGAAGCAUCACGCUAGACAGUUAACUUACGCGUUGGCCGCGGCAUUCGAACUUUACUCGAGAACCGUGAGAGCUCAGGAUAAGAUGGCAGAGGUGGCAGGCAAGAACCCGAAGAAGAGAUUCGCCAUCGAUCUUAGAAGCCCCGAGGAAAUGGAGGCAGAUCUUGCCGCGGAUUCCGAGGCUUAGACAGCUCUUUUCCUCUUCUUUCUAUCUUUUUGUUGACACGGCAAGGUCGAUGAGGAAAAGUGUCAGGCAAGAUUGUUGGAAUGCGAGGACAACACAGGGUACGCAUCGUCUGCGAUGCUUAGUGUACAUAGAUUCUCUUCCCAGAGCAGGCAUGCAAACUUGUUUAAGAGGAAAGUAUUGAUUUUUCAUUUGCUGCUAAGAGAUUUGUUGAAGUCGAUGCAAGUUUUACGUAUAGAUUAGGUACACUUUCCGAUUGAAUAAACGUGAAAUGAUUUUAAGCGAUGAACGUUACGUUUUCAUAGGUAUUAUUUUGUAUUCGAUAGGCUCAGAAGAAAGAAAUACUCUUUUCUUCCAUUAAAAUGUACUUAAGUUCAAGGUGCAGAUGCGUGUUUUAGGAUUCUUUGAAAGAACUGUUUACGAGCAGGAGUGUUGGUGUAAUUGUUGAUCGUUAAUUACUUUAUCGGCAUUUACGAACGGAGGAAUAGGUGCUGCCUAUCCACAACAUAAUGGCUAGUUAUCCAAAGAUACGAAAUAGAAGAAAAAAGAGGCCGAAGAUUACCGAUUUUAUUUCGGUGAUUUUUGCAAUUUCAUGAAAACUACGGAUGUCACUUGUUGAAUUAACGGAAAAGAGAAAAAAAAAUAUAUAGAUUGGAUUUAAUUCUAGCCGCUUUUCGUGUGUUUGCGUGUGUGUUUUUCUUUUUGUCUUGCAGAUAUUUCUUGCAGUGUACAGUAAUUUUCAUCUCCAAUAUCUCUUCUUUUUUUUACUAUUAUUUAAUUUAUUUCCGAUUUAGUAUUAAGUCACAGAACCAAUAUCGACACACAUAUCAGUUGUAAAUAAACGAUUAACGAAAGCGUUGCUAACGAUGCUGUUUUAGUGUACCACACUAA